UACAAACAACGGACCCCAAAAUGGAAAGCUGCAUACGUCUUUGGUUGUCAGUAUUCCUCGUGGUAUCGACGGGGACAUCGGUCUUAACAAGACACACGCCGUAUCCGAGAUGUGACGACAAACGAAUUAUGCAUUCAUUUACAGUAAUAGAUUACAUUUGGUCGAGCGACACAGCACGAGAGCUUGCUCUUCAAACCGAAGAUUACAUUCCCCAUAACAAUAUCAUAAGUGGAAUGAAAACAUAUAACAACAAAGUCUACGUCACUGUUCCAAGAUGGCGGCGUGGUGUUCCAUCAACACUCAACAAAGUCGUUGUUAGGAACGGGACAUCGGUGUUACAACCGUUCCCAAGCUGGGAGAUGCAGAAGAUCGGAGACUGUCGCGCUCUUCAAUUUGUUCAAAGUAUGGAAAUAGACCCAAAUACCGGCUGGAUGUGGAUCAUUGACACCGGAAGAAUCAACUUCUUCGCCGCUGACGGAACAGCCACACAUAAUCUUUGUCCGGCUAAAAUUGUGAUAUACGAUAUCAAUAAAAUGGAAGAAGUUACUCGUCAUGAAUUUCCCAAUCAUGUAGCCGAUCGUAAGGUAACAUUUCUUAACGACAUAGUCGUUAUGUAUAGAGGAUCACGUCCAAGAUAUGCUUUCAUUUCCGAUGCGCUGGCUUUUCGUAUGGUUGUGUACGACCGGUUUCGGAACAGGUCACAUUCCUUUUCUCAUCCGUCCAUGCUACCCGAACCAGGCAACGGAAACAUCACAAUUUUAGGGGAAACGUUACCCGUGUCGGCCGGUAUAAAUGGGAUAGCGCUGUCAUCGGACAUGAAGUUUAUUUACUUUGGGCCCGUAUCGGGGUACAGUGUGUAUCAGGUCCCGUCACGCGUCGCGCGUAAUCCACGUGGGAACUUUCCGAAGUUUGUCCGAAAGGUUGGUGAAAAGCCUUCUCAAGCAGCCGGAAUGGUUUACAGCCGAAGUAAUCAUUUAUAUUUCCCAGCUCUUGGUUUGAAUUCUAUCUACAGGUGGGACAUCGACCGGGAUAGAAGAAUUCAACGCAGGUCCACCCAAAGAGUGAUUAUGAAAUCCGUUACCAAAGUAUUGGCUAGCAAUUCAUGCAUGAACUUUGUCGACAUUUUGACAUUUGACACAGAGGGAUAUCUAUGGUUUACUGUAAAUAAGCUACAUAAGUACCUCCUGACCUCUAUGGACUUUUCCGGAAAUAGUGGACCGAACAUCUUUAUCUGGAAGGUCUACGUAGGGGAGGUCGGUUAUCUAGAUCAAAGAAGAAACAUUCCGCCAAGUGCUAUUGAUGUUAAUGCUGUCCCGGACGCACUCAGCCGAUUCUUUAAAUACGUUCUCCGUUAUGUCUUCACAAGAAAAUAUCCCGAGAAUUGAUUGAUAUGUAUCCCUUUUUUUAUCUGUUAGAUAACAAUCUUUACUUUAUCAGUCUCCCGAAUAUAUCGUCAACUUUCUUUAUAACACCAAACGAUUUUUAACAUGAUGGCCUUAUACCGAGAUUUUGAUCAAUUUCAAUUUUUUCUAGAAUAAGUAUGCCGUCAUUUUUGUUUCUGUUUCUGAAGUAUUUGAUUUGUAUAGAUGUGUGUAUUUCAUGUCGCUUUGCUUGUGAAUCCCCGUUUGUAACACAAUUGAACAUGUUCGUUCAUGAUCAGCAAGAAAUCCCACUUGUAUCAUCAAGAAUGUCAACAAAUGAUUAAUAAAAUAUAAAACCAUU